UGUGAUGUUUUUUUUUUCAGUGAUACACAACAUGGGGUAACUAAAGCCACAUCAUAAAGGUGGCUUUUGUUACCCCAUACUUUAUAAUAAGUCAAAAUUCCUUAAGUAAUACAUUUUUUCUCUUUUUUAGGACUAAAAAUGCCUCGAAACCCAAAGAAGAAGCUUGGUAGCCGGAAGUAUAAGGAUUACACAGAUGAAAUGCUGAAAAUAGCUGUAGAAGAAGUGAAGAAAGGGUCAUCUUUAAGAAAGAUUGCUGAGAAAUUUGCUAUAUCAAGAUUUGCUCUCACUGCUGCCCUGAAAGGUAAGGUUAACAAAUGUGGUAGGCCUCCAGUUCUUAAACAGCGGAAGAAAAGGAAACUUAAUGUCCCAGCAGGAAAGGGGAUUGAAGGGAUUGAAGACACAAUUCUGAUCAAUGAUGAUGAUCCUCAACCAAAUAGGUCCAAUACACCCAAUACCAAAACAAAGGAAAACCACAGCAAACUAAAGACUUUGAAACAUAAUAAGAAACUUGCGAAUUCCGACUCAUUUGAUGAUAGUGAUGACCAGUAUUCUUUGAGAGACUCUAAUUCAGAUAUGGAUCCAGAAAUAUUUAAUGACCUGGAAUUGGAGAUACCAGUAGAUCUACAACUAGAAGAAACAACUUAUGACGAACCCCCCAAAAUAGGAGUCUCUAAAGGAGAACUUAAACCUGAUAUUUACAUCAUUGUUGAGCUCAUCUUUGAUAAGAACACAAAAAAAGAAACCACCAAACAGUUCUAUGGAGUCAUUCUUAGAACUUGUUUUGAGAAGAACGAAGUUACAAUAAAGUUUUUCAGAAGAAGCACCAAAUCAAAAGGAAAUGACUAUAUAUUUCCAAAUGUUGAUGACGAAAUGGACAUUCAGUUAACAGACGCCAUUUCAAUUGUGAAACCAUCCAAAGUAAACAGAGGACGUUAUACUUUUCCUUAUGAACUACCGACGUUUUUGGUUAUCAACAACAAGCUAGGAAGGCAAACAGUGUUUCGAUUUUGCAAAGAAAAAUCACUGUUUCUAUUUGGAACAGAUAGUCUAGUUCGAAGAAUAAAUAUUUAUAUAUUAACGCAUCAAUAUUUUGAAGUCUUUAUAUUGCUUACAAUAGUUACUAAUUGUGUUUUCAUGGCACUAAGUCAUCCUCCUCAGCUAUCAGAGUAUGUGUUUGCUGCUAUUUAUACAAUUGAGAUGUUUAUUAAAAUAUUGGCAAAAGGAUUUAUUUUACACAAGUAUUCUUAUUUAAGAAAUUCCUGGAAUUGGUUGGAUUUUGUUGUUGUUGUUAUAGGUUAUGUAACUUUGCAUCCACAAAUCAAUAAUCUUGAUAGUAUAAGAACUUUUCGAGUUUUAAGAGCUUUGAAAACAAUAUCAACAGUCAAAGGUUUAAAAGCCAUGGUCAAUACAUUGUUAAAGUCUGUGAAGAUGAUGGCGGAUGUUUUGAUACUUACACUGUUUUUCAUAGCUGUUUUGGCACUCAUUGGAUUACAAUUAUUUCUAGGAUCACUAAGGUCAAGGUGUGUUAGAAAUGAUCCCAACAAUACAAUGGCUAUUUUUAGCAAAGAAUGGCAAAAUGUUCCUGGAAAUAUGUUGACACAUAUAUGUGGGAAUGCAUCGUCUGCCUGGACGUGUGAGGAUGGAUGGACAUGCGUUCCAGAUGUUGCACCAAACAAUGAUAAAUAUGUGAAUUAUGAUAAUUUUUUUUAUGCAAUGUUAACUUCAAUGCAAGUAUGCACCCUUGACUACUGGGAAGUUGUGUUUAAUAGUGUUAUUGCUGCAAAAGGAGAGUUCUACAUGAUUUACUUUAUGUUGUGUAUUUUUCUUGGUCCAUUUUAUUUACUCAACCUUGUAUUAGCUGUAGUAAGUGCUUCAUAUGAAAUGGAAGUAAAUUCCCAUCCUGACGAGACAGUUGAAAAAGAAAAGAUUGCAGCUAUACAACGUUCUAGUUCAACAUAUUCUUUUCAUGGAAAGAAUUGCGUUGAGUUUCUUUCUGGACCAUCUCCUGUCAAGGAUGUUGAUGGAGUGCUUUUUUAUACCAUAGAUAAUUCACCUCCAAAAAAAAAGAAGAAAAAGACCAAAGUUGUUAUUCUUCCUCCUGAACUGUCUUCGAAUCCUACUUUUUAUAAUAAAGUUCAUGUCUUAUUUUAUAAAAUUGUUUCGCACUCAUUGUUUGAAGGUUUUAUUACAGCUUGCAUUAUGUUAAAUACUCUACUUAUGGCCCUUGAACACCACAAUAUGAGUGCAAAAUUAACUAAAAUCACAGAGAUCUUUAACUAUGUUUUCACUGGUAUUUUCAUUUUUGAAAUGAUGAUCAAACUAGUUGGUUAUACUCCAAGAGGUUAUGUGCAAAAUAAAUGGAAUCUCUUUGAUGGUGUGUUGGUUAUACUGAGCGUGAUUGACAUAUUAUUACUGAUAUUUACUACUCUUCCAAAAGGAACGCUUAAAAUGUUAAAAGUCUUCCGAUUGAUGCGAAUUCUUAAGUUAGCUCAGUCCUGGAAAACUAUGGGCCAACUCAUUAGCACAAUUGCUAGCAGCAUGGGGGCAUUAGUUAAUGUGACUGUUAUACUUGGUCUUAUUAUAUAUAUUUUUUCUGUAGUCGGUAUGCAACUUUUUAAAAGAUAUUACGAUUUUGAAAGUUAUCAAGAUAAAGAAGAUUUUCCAAGGUACAACUUUUCAAAUUUUGGCAGUUCAUUUAUAAUGAUUUUUCGUAUUUUAUGUGGGAAAUGGAUUGAACCACAAUGGGCAUUAUUGGAAAAAACUUACUUAUCAAUUUUUUUUGUUUUUGCCGUAUUUGUUAUUGGAAGAUGGGUAGUUUUAAAUUUAUUUUUGGCUCUAUUACUGAGCUCAUUUGGUGGUGAUGCGCUGAGCGGAAAUGACUCAUCUGAUGAAUGUAAAAAAAAGAAAAGAUCACGAUUAAAAAUGUUGAUUGAAUGGGUCAAACAAAGUCGAUCGAAACCUAAAAUGUUUAAAGAUUACAAACCUGAAGUUCAUCAAGAUUCAAAAGUGUGUGGUGAAGUUCAGUUGUUGAAAGAAGACUCUAAUGAUGUAAUACAUGAAAAUUUAAAUCACCAUGAUGAAUCAAGUAUGCUGUUAGUGCAUAAUGGCAGCUCAAAUUUUUUAUCAAAAGGAAAAUUAGAAACAGAAACUGAAAGUGAAAGACUUGACACAAAAAAAAAUUUCCUACCUGAUAACUAUAAGAGAGAAUUUUCGUCAUCAUCUAUUAAAAUUGAGAUACAACGAGAAAAAACUUAUGUUGAUGACUGUUUUUGUGAUGCAUGCUAUAAUGCCAGUUGUUGCGUUACAAGCUAUUUAAAUUCACCAAUAAGACAACUUUGGCAUAACGCUCGUUUUAAAUGUCAAGUGUUGAUUGAGCACAAAUAUUUUGAAGCAGUUGUUUUAUUUCUUAUUUGCGUUAGCAGUAUUACGCUGGUUUUUGAAGAUGUUUAUCUACCCAGUCGACCAACUUUAAAAACAUUUCUACAGUAUUGCAACUAUUUUUUUGCUUUUAUUUUCACAUUAGAGUUUUUGAUCAAACUUUUUGCAUUGGGUUUUAUAAAAUACUUCACAAACUUUUGGAAUUUAUUGGACAUAUUUAUUGUUACCAUAGUAGUAAAUGCAUUAAUAUCAUCAAUUCCAUCAAUUGCCAAUGUGUUACUUGUGUGUAUGGUAUUUUGGCUGAUUUUUAGUAUAAUGGGUUACAAUCUCUUUGGAGGGAAGUUCUACUAUUGUGCUAAUUCUACCGAUCAAAAUACACGUCUAAAAGUAAACUUUGGAAUAAAAAAUAAACUUCAGUGUAAAAAUCAUUCUGAUUUCGUGUGGGUGAAGAAGAACAUUAACUUCGAUAGCUCUAUAGAUGGUUUUUUAGCCUUGUUUCAAACAGCAACAUUAGAGGGCUGGUUCGAAGUUAUGGCGGAUGCUUAUGAUGCAAAAUCUGAAGACGAACAACCUGUAUAUCGAAACAAUUACGCUAAUCAAAUCUUUUUUGUUGUGUUCAUUGUUUUGGGAGCAUUUUUUAUUUUAAAUCUGUUUAUUGGAGUGAUUAUUGAUAAUUUCAAUAGGCUGAAACAGCAAUAUGAAGAUGGAGUUGGGGUUUUAUUAACACCUGGGCAACGGAACUGGGUGAAUACUUUAAAAGCUGCUUCUUUAAAGAAGCCUUCUCGUAGAUUGACAAGACCUACGUCCAAAUGGCGAGCUGCUUUAUUUGACUUUAUUCAAGCCAAAUACUUUGAAUUUUUUAUAAUGUCGGUAAUUCUUCUUAAUAUGGUGACCAUGAUGCUUCAACAUCACCAUCAAUCUUUGGAAUUUGAUUUGGCACUUAUUUAUCUUAACUAUUUAUUCACUGGGAUUUUUACAUUAGAGGCGAUUGUUCGUCUUAUCGCAAUGAGACUUGAGUAUUUUAAGUAUGGAUUGAAUAUCUUUGAUUUCAUCAUUGUUUGUUUAUCUAUUGCUGUAAUUAUCAUAGAAAAAAUCAAAGAAGAUAAUAAUAUAUUACCUGGUUUUGCAGUUAUUCGUGUAUGUAGAUUUUAUCGCCUACUUCAGUUUUUACCAUUUACCAAGGGCAUAAAAAAACUUUUGUUCAUUUUAAUUAAAUCAGGGCCUGCUCUGUUUAACGUUGGAUUUUUGGUUUUUCUUAUAACAUUUAUUUACGCCGUUAUUGCAAUGAACUUGUUUAGUAACUUGAAACUUCAAGGUUCCCUAACAAAAGUCACUAAUUUUAGAACUUUUGUGAGUAGCUUUUCUUUAAUGUUUCGAAUUGCAACUGCUGCAGGAUGGAAUAAUAUUCUUGAAGCAGCUAUGGUUCAACAUCCUUCUUGCUACAAAAAUCUUGAAAAAGGUGGCUUUGCAAAAAGAGAUUGCGAAAAUUUUGAUCAAAUUGUAUUACAAAAUGAUUAUCAAAUAACUGAUGACGAUAUUGAAGCCUUUUACAAAUCUUGGGAAAAUUUUGAUCCCGAGGCAACGCAGUUUAUAAGUUAUUACAAGUUAUCAGAUUUCCUUGAUUCUUUAGAUGGACCUUUAAGAGUAGCAAAACCAAACUAUUGGUUUUUAGAGCAAAGUGAUAUACCAAUCCGAGACCAAUUUAAAUGCCAUUGCUUAGAUGUGAUAGAAGCAUUGAUAAAUUUUUUUUUAGGUGAACCAGUUUUUAAAAACAGUGAAGAAACUACCGCUUUCAUAAGAAAUUUUUAUUCCAGAUGUGAAAAAAAAUUCCCUUUAUGGGCCGAAAAAAACACUGUUGAAUUCACUAGACAACGUUUGCAAAAGGAAAAUGCUUCUGCAAAAAGAAUUCAGAGUGCAUUUCGAAAUUAUUUAUUAAAAAAUGAAUUGCCUUUAAUAAAUUCAAUGAAGGCAAGUCAUGGGAAACAUAGAGAUAAAACAUUUUCUAAUAUAGAGCGGCUUGAGGUGGCAAUAUGGAAAGCAACCGAGUAUAAUGAGGAGAUGAUAGAAAAAAGUAUGAACAAUGAAGAUAAUUUUGAUGAAGACUAUGAUACAGAAAAAGAUGAUGAAGGUGAAGAUAACAGUGAUAGCAAAGAAGAUAACAAAAACAAUUCGGAGUUUGCAUUAUGGGUAUAGAUGAAAUAUUUGCUAAUAAUCUUCAAGAUGAUCGAUUUAACUGCUCGGGCUUACUCAAAAAAAUCGACUAAACGCCAACGUUGUGCGUCUUAAAUUGUUCAAAAGAUUGUUCUUUAUUUUCUUUUGACCAAGUAUUUUAAAUUAUUUUACUUUGAUAAA